AUGGAUGGAUCAGGCGAAGCCGAGGUUCGGCAGCGUGUGCCUACAUACUCGGGGAUCAUAACGGGAGACAUCCAUGGAGGCCUACAUUCAGUGAACACCGGCGUCUUCAACUAUAGUUCUUUCUCAUAUGGCGAAACCCCCUUCGAGAGGACCAACCUCUUCAAGUCUCAUUCAAUGACAGAUGCCCAAAAGGUGACCUUUCUAAACACAGUAUGGCCAAACUCACUUGGUAACAGGACAGCUGCACGUAGCUUUGGCGACUUGGAUUUUUAUUUCGACUAUGUGAGCCAACAAUGCAGCUCUGCAAAGGCAGAGGCUCACGCCAUCAAAACAUUCCUCGAUCUUUUCGUCAUAAUUCGCAUUCUGCAGAGUCAACCCUUGUUGAACUUCGAAAGGAUAGUUGCCCAGAUCAUCAAAGAGCGACCACGUCUAGCAAAACAACUACCAGAAAAGAUUUACCAUUCCAUUGAGUUCGCACUAAGACUCUGCCUGCUUCUGAACAUUCAGAUUGGGAACUCGUCGGCUAUUUUUCAACUACCAAGGCCCAUCCAAUGGCCCGAGGAGAUGGAUUUUUCGUCAGCCCUGGCCACGUUUGUUACCACUCACCAGUGCGAUAUAGAUGCAGAAUUCUCGGGAUUCUUUAACUUCUACGACAUGGAGAGAAUUGGCGGAAUUACAGUGGAAUGGACUCUCGAUCUCACUUCACACCUAUCCAUGAAAGGUUCUGUAAUCUACGUUUUCCACGGAGUGAGCAUCUUGAAGAGAAUGCAUGAGUCAGCGGAAACUUCCGGUGCUUUGCUCAACCAGAGAUUCAUCGAGGAGACACUCGCCACCAUUAACCUUCUCAUUCCCAAUAACAACGCAAGCUGUAACGACUGGCUUAAUAAUGAGAUCAAGCGUUCAAAACUUGAUAAAGACAUCAUCAACCGGGAUACGCCUACAAUGGGAAAGGGCCGAUACCCCUAUUGGCAAGACAGACUUGUGGUUAUCGAAAAGUUCUUUGAUAGCACGAAACCUAGGAACCUACUGCAAUGGUGGCGUGAUACCCGUGAUAUGCAGCGGUGGUGGGCAUUCUGGAUUCCUCUCACGGGCUUCAUCAUGGCUCUGCUGUUUGGGUUGUUCCAGGGUACAAUAGCACUUAUGCAAUUUCUCAAACCAAAAAGCCGAUCAGGCUGA